UAAUUAUUAAUUAACAAUGAAAUAUUAAUUAAAAAUUAACAAGAUUUAACAGUGCCAUGACUUAAAAGUGACAUUUAGUUUAUUGACAGCUGCUCAAUAAAAAUUUGUACGUCUAAACAGAUCAAUAAUUUUAAAAAUAUAUUAAUUAAAUAAAUUAAAAAUGGCUUCGGCUGCUGAGCAACAACAAACGACACUGGAGUUCUACCAGGCGAUGGCUGACUUUAAAAAUAUGUUCCCGCAGAUGGACGACGAUGUUAUUGAAGCUGUACUGAGGUCGAAUCAAGGAGCAGUGGACACGACUAUCGAUCAGCUGCUGGCCAUGAGCACUGACAAUGAAAAUGAGAAGAUAAGGAGCGAGAUGGAACAAAGUGACAACUCUGGUGACUCUUCACCAAAAGCUCUGAUAGGCCACCAGGAAGUCCUGGUGGCAGUCCAGGAUCCCAGUGACGGUAAGCAGUCAAAAAGUAUGAAAAGUAUGAAAUGGCAGCCUCCGUUGCUCGGCCCGCUUCCUGAUUCCUUUCUCAGGAUUCCGCAGCAAAUGGAAGACGCGCAUGAUUCUAUCGUUCAGGACAAUUCGCUGCUGGAGGAUGAGAGGAUCGCUAUGUUUUUACAGAAUGAAGAGUUUAUGACUGAGCUCAGAUGGAAUGAAGAUUUUUUAAACACUCUAGAGCACGAUUCCAAGUUACACGGUAGUGAAAAGUGCAGCGGGAAUGACGAAGAUUUAUUCAGAGAACGUUUAAAAAACAUGGGCAAAGUAUCUCGACGUAAAUUUGCUCAAUUGACAAAAGUAUUUACUCGCACUAAAAAGCGCGGCGGCCGGCAAUUGUUACCACCAACGGCAUCCUGCGAUGAUCUUCUGGACCCAGAGGACUCAAGAUCUCAAAGUUAAAAAAUUAUACGAGAUUAAGAUCCAAAAAUAUACACUGGCUAGUGCAAUAAAAACCUCUAGCUCUAGCUCUGACUGAACUCAGAGCUUUUAAUCGCAUUGAUAAUAAUUCAAGUAGACAAAUUGAGGUAAAAUCCAAACGGUUAUUUAGUUUUAGCACUUGAGAGACUGAAUCAAUCGGCAUUUUUAUUUUUUAUUUCUUAUCUAGUGUCUUCUUAUUUAAUUAAUCGUACAAAUACUUACAAUUAGACUGAGUUAUGUUUUAUUUUUAUUUUUUUUUUAUUUGGCUGACCGCAUUCUAGUCAUUUUUUUUUUAUUUAUUAUUUUUAUUAAUUAUUGUGAUCAGUUAUUAAUUAUUGAUUUUUUUUAGACUGUGCAGCUCUACUAAGUUAAUUUUUGGACACAUUUAUCCGUUUCAAUCAAAAUAAUUUAGACUAUAAUGUUAAAAAAAAAAAAAAAAAAAAAAAAAAUAGUUCAUUUUUAAAUAUUGAAUCAUUAAGAUUCUUUUUAUAAUCUUCAUAAUUAUUAAAAUUAUUUACAGGGUAACUUUUUAAUCUUGAUUCAUUAUAAUUCAGAUUUUUUUUUUUGGUAAUUAUUUACAAGCUGGGUCAGUAAUUAAAUUUUACAUUUAGAUUUUGCUUAUUGAUGCCAAGGCACAGGCUAAAUGCAAUUUCUAAUACAUAGUAUAUACACUUUUUACAAGAAAAUAAUUUCUGUGAGUACACAACAUAGUAUUGCAUAAAAAUUAAUUUAAAUAAUUUGUGUAUGAACAAGGUAAAAUAAAAUUAAACGGAAAUUAUUAUAGAAAAUAAUAAUUUAAAAUGUAGAAUUUUAAUUUCACCAAAUCAGAUGAUAACUCAGCAUAAUAAUUCUGCGAAUUGCACUUAUUUUAUUCUUUUUUUAAUCUUUAAUUUAGGUGAAAAAUAAACAAUUAAAAAUUA